CAUGCACAUGAAGACCUGGCCUACAGAAAACCGUUAUUCUCCUCCACAAGACCGGUGAAUCAUGUGCUGCCCAACACGAUGAGCAAGUGUUUCCAGGUUCUUGGCUCGGACAGCUCUAACUGGCUGGCAGUGGACCUCAUGGAUCGUUUUCAGAUAGACAGCAUCGUCCUGCAUGGUCACACGAAUUUUUGGCUCGAAUCCGCCAAUCACUCUCUACUCACGCUUCUACAAAUGGCCUGUUCUGGGGCCAAUGAACCAUGCUCUGUGGGAUACUUGAUCAAGUCCGAAAGUGGCAUUUUGAUGAUUCAGAAUGCUCGCCAGAGAAACCCAUUCAAUGGCCUCUUUCACGGAUUCUGGAAUCUGGAACAGGUUGCAUGA